UGAAAUUCCAUUUGUCUCUUUUUUUCCCAUCACCAUCGCAGUUGUAUGUAUUUCAAUUUUUCAAAAAUAUAAAAUAUUUUGCUAUGUACGGUUGUUCCAUCAAUGUUCUCGGAUUGUUUUAGAAAACAAAUUAAAUAAUUUCUCAUAAGACACCGAGAAAUUUUUGCUCUACAUUGUGCAUCAAAAUAACCAAAAACAAUGGAGGACACAAAACACAUCGAUCUCGAUGAACUUGUGCGAAAAAUGUAUGCCUUGUGCCCAAAUUUACCGCAAAGCGAUGACUUUAAUAAGAAAUUGCGAACCAAAUUGCAAGAACAAAUUAAAGAAAAAGUUCCCAAAGUUGAACUUAAACAAUUGGACUUAAAUUAUAUAAUAUUGAAUGUUAAAAAUUCUUUGACCGAGUUUCAAAAACGUAUUGACGAAUCGGUAGCCCAACAACAACUCAGACGAACUACACGAGUCCGAAAAACUAAAACUCCAGACUCAUUAGUUAUAGAAUAUGAAAAUCCAAAGCGUUCACGUAGUAAAAAUAGCUCAUCAUCUCCAUCAACUUCUACCAAAGUCGACACAGAGACUGCUUGUACUUCCACUAAAUGCUGUCAUCAAUCUGGUUCGGAUCUCGGUGGAUUUGUUGAAGUUGAAAGUUUGCCUGUCUCGGCUUCAACGAAUCUUGUCACAAUUUUCGUUCCUUCGAUUUUGCAAGAGAAGCUUCAUAGUGUCAAGUACAAAAUCUCGAUUGAUUUGAAUCGUCUUGAUCUGACUACGAAAAUCCUGGAUUUGAAUGUUUCUCAGCUUGAAUCUGAUCUAAAACGAAACACUACGAAAGCUUCUGAUGAAACGAAAAAAGGUGCAAGUCAAGAAUGUAAGUUGACCUACGAAAUCAAGGAUCACAAUAAUGUUCAGUUGGUUGAAGAACAGACGCCAUCCACUAGUGGAAAUGCUCCUCAAAUUGAGGUUAAGACUCCGGUCCAUGAAUCUGAAAAGCGGGAUUCUCUAGAACCGGUGGUGUGCAUUGUGGAAGAAAAGGAAGAUGAAAUGCAAGCAUCGGAAAAACAACGUGCACCGAAACGAAAAUUAUCGAAACCAUCGAAUGGUCCACCUAAAAAACGUGGCCGCAAGCCGGGCUCGAAGAACAAAGCCAAAACAGAAAAGAGCGAACUGGCCAAGUAUGUGGAAAUGUUUGAAUGCAGUGGUAACAGUCCUUCAUCGGCGGUUUCUCAAAUUGUUACCUCGACGACACAGAAUUGGGAGGUUUUGCCGGAACAAACGCCACAAAUUGCUUACUUUAUGAACGGUGAAUGGACGACGUUGAGUGCUCCAUCGAACAAUGUGACACAUGCGAUGGUAACAACUACUAAUGGAAGCUUGAUAGAGGCACCGGAAAAUGAAAACUUCAUUCCGUUUGAUGAUUUCGUAAAUUUUAUUGAUAAUCCUUCACUAGAUGUUGGAAAUAAUGUAAUAGCUCGAGUUUUAGAAGGAACAGUUGACACUCAAGAAAUAACACUCAACCAGCAGGGCCAACCUACUAUGCAUUUAGAUAUUGAAAAUAUUGAACCACCAAAAAGUGACGCAAAUACUCAAACAAACCAAUAUGAUUUAUCAACUAAAAAAGACACUGGCGACAUAAAUCAGACUAAGAGUAGGCAAUCUAAUAUGAUUGGAAAUUUAUCCAAAGAAACAAAUACCACCGAUGUUUUGGGUUUGACAAAGACUCAAGAGAGUAACAACGUCAUCUUCAGCACCUGCCGUAGUAUGCCAUCACUAGAUAUUGAAGAAGGAGACUUAUUUUGUUCUACUCCACAGAGGACCAACAUUUCAGAUAACAUUAUUGCAUUUAGUAUGAACCCACAAGUAUCUGACCAUAACCGCUCGUUUAAUCAAAAUGAAGAUACUAUGGCAACAGAUUCCGCGAUCGAAAUUGACAAAAGAGAAACAUUACACUCUUCAAGUGAUUGCUCGGGAUUUGAAAAUAAUUCAAAAAGUACACAUAUGCCUUCUAACAUUAAGGACAAGAGUGAAGUUAUAAAAGAAAUGUCUUUGCUUGAAAUUGAAAAAGAUUUUGAUGAUUCUCUUUUGGAUUUUGGCAAUUGUUUGGACGAUGACCUUUUGUCGCUAGCCCCGUCAUCCUGCUUCAACUCUCCUUUAGAUGAUCGCUUUGCUGAUUCAAAUUUUUUAAAUGUCGAAGAACCCGAAACUAAAUCUUGCACUGACACUUCCAAUUCAGUGCCUGCACCAAGAAGUCAUCUCGAAACAAGUUUGGUUACUCUUUAUGAAGAUGAAAUUAAUCCAGCAUUAAAAAACUUUAAAAUACCUAGAGUUAAAAUAGUUCGCCAAAAAUCAUUGGACGAUAAUUUAUCCGAAAAACUUCCCACCGUCAUCCUGCCGCCUACAUUGAAAGAACCCGAAAAACCAAACGCUGUACGUGUUUCAUCUCCAUUUUCAUUAACAAUUCCACCAAAACCCCAAACUCACAAUUUGUCUCUGAAUCUAAGAAAUGUAAGUGGCGCGACUCCUCAAAUGAUGUCAACUCUUGAAAUAUCAAAGAUAUUUGGCUCUUUGUGCUACAAGUUCUUAGCCGAUAUGUGCUUUGAGAACCCUUGUAAAUUUAGUCAUCAGUUUUUGGACCUUGGUAUUAUUUCAAUAUCUAUAAGCGUUUUGCGAAAUGAAGUAUUGAAUUCCGCUUAUAGAUUUAUUUGGCGCCAUAACAAAUUGUUUAAAUUCUACUUUCCUAUCUUCUGUGAAGAAUAUGGACGUCGUAACAUGCGCCAGAAGCUGUCGACAAUGGUACGCGACUGUGAAUUGCAACCAAAGUGUACGUCAUUUUUAAAAAAUAUCUACAACACUUUAACGGGAUGUGGAUUUAGUAAAGUAAAUGCUUGUCGUUUUGUGUUAGCUAGAGUUCGAGACAGAUCACAUUUAACAAUCGAUACUCUUUUGGAAAUAAUUAUUGAAUCUGAUGCCCAAAUGUUUGUUUCUGCAAUAGAACAAUUUUCUACUGUUAAGGGAUAUAAAUUUGCUAUGAAAAAUAUUAAUGAGUUGGCAACGAUUUGUUUGCGCUCUGGCAGCGCUGAACUUGUUCCUGCUCUCAUUAAAUGUUUAAUAAAUGUUGACCAGACUGAAUUUUUAACGUUACGAUCACCGGAACUGAUUCAACUGUUGGAAAUGAUAAAAAGCGGUGGAGAAAUGUAAGUUUGUGUCUAAAGUAAUUAUUUGGACUUAACAAUGACGUAUGCUCUUUAAGGUAUGUGUACCUUGAAUGGAAAAGGUAUUUCAUUUCAUAUAUAAAUAUUUUCUUUGAAAGAAUGUAUUAUUUAUUUUAAUUUCUAAAAUGAAUUCAAAUAAAAAUGUAUUAUUUUAAAACUGUUUAAGGGCAAUAUCAUGCGUGUUUUUUUCUAUUUUAUUUUAAAUAAAGUUUGAUGAAUCUCA